GCGUGCUCGUGCUCGUCUGCGCGCUCACACCGUCCAUUGUGUUUUUAUCAACAAGGAGACCACCGUGGCCUUACGGGUAAACUGAGCUUGAACACAGACAAUUGACUGCGGAACCAUGUCGGACGAACAAGAAAUAAUGUGCAAGUUGGAAAACAUCCUGGAAAUACGGAACAAGACGGUCCAGAUGCAGAAGAUCAAGUCUCGUCUCAAGACCGAGUUUGAUGCUCUGGAGUCUGAGGAGAAGCACCUGAAGGAGUACAAGCAAGAGAUGGAGCUGCUUCUGCAGGAGAAAAUGGCACAUGUGGAGGAGCUGCGGCUCAUCCACGCAGACAUCAAUGUGAUGGAGAGCACCAUCAAGCAGUCGGAGAAUGACCUGAAUAAGCUGCUAGAAACUACUCGGCGCCUGCACGAUGAGUACAAACCUCUGAAGGAGCACGUUGAUGCCCUCAGGAUGACUUUAGGCCUCCACAGACUCCCCAACCUGAACGAAGAAGAGGAGAAGCUCUCCCUGGACUACUUUGAGAAGCAGAAAGCCGAGUGGCAGAAGGAGCCGCAUGAACCCGCCAUUCCAGAAUCCCUCGCUGCCGCUGCAGCAGCAGCGCAGCAGCUCCAGGUUUCCAGGAAGCAAGAUGCGCGUCAGACGGCUACGUUCAGACAGCAACCCCCACCCAUGAAGGCUUGCCUGUCCUGCCACCAGCAGAUCCACCGUAAUGCUCCCAUCUGCCCGCUGUGCAAGGCCAAGAGCCGCUCCCGCAACCCGAAGAAGCCCAAGAGGAAGCCCGACGAGUAGAUCCCACUUCACCUUCAGCCUCGGUCGGCUUCAAAGGGACCUGGUCCAACACACUGAUCUAGGAUCAGCCCUGUUCAUCCCCAGUGUGGCUGAAAUCACGGAUCUGUGCUUCAGGACAAUGUCCACAGUCCCCCCCACUUUAACAAAUUGUCUUAGUACCUUUUUCAUAAACCGUCAACUGAAAAUGGAUGCAGAACGUGUUAAUGUCCUCAUGUUGUUUGGUUUUGAUCAGUGCUUUGGAUGUUUAUAUGUAAUUGUACGACUUCGAUACUAACCACGUAACUGCAACAAUGCAAAAAGGAACUUGAUAAAAUUUCUAAAUCAUUUUGCCCAUGUUGCUACUGUUUGUUUGUUUUUUGCCUUAGAUAUUGUACUUUCAC